UCGCGGGCCUCGGUGUACAGGCGACCCUGCUGAGAGGCCACCCGGCUGACACGGGGCGCUGCCCGACCCCUGACUUUAGGCGGGCUCUCUGGGGACCCGUCUGAUGGCAGAACCAAGAGCUGUAGCCAACUAGACUUCAACAUGCGGUAGACGCAGGUUUGGGUACCGGCUCCGGUGUUUGAUUUGGGGUCAAACGUAGCCUCUCUGAGCUUCAGUUUCCUUGGCUGAAAAUGGAAAAGAACCCAAGGGCACCAUGCGUGCCUCGAGGCUCUACACCUUGGUACUCGUGCUGCAGCCUCAGCGAGUCCUCCUGGGCAUGAAGAAACGAGGCUUCGGGGCCGGCCGGUGGAACGGCUUCGGAGGCAAAGUUCAAGAAGGAGAGACCAUCGAGGAUGGAGCCAAGAGGGAGCUGCAGGAAGAGAGCGGUCUGACCGUGGACGCGCUGCAGAAGGUGGGCCAGAUCGUGUUUGAGUUCGUGGGCGACCCCGAGCUGAUGCACGUGCACAUCUUCUGCACAGACAGUGUCCGCGGGACACCAGUGGAGAGCGACGAAAUGCGCCCCCAGUGGUUCCAACUGGACCAGAUCCCCUUCGCUGACAUGUGGCCCGAUGACAGCUACUGGUUUCCCCUCCUGCUUCAGAAGAAGAAGUUCCACGGCUACUUCAAGUUCCAGAGUCACGACACCAUCCUGGACCACAAGCUCCGCGAGGUGGACACCGUCUAGGACAGCCGAGCUGGCCCCUCGGGCCACGGGAACCCCUGCCCAGCCACGCUGUGGCUCCAGGCUCCGCACGCCGGCGGGCCUUCAGUCUGUCUGGCGCGUGAUUGGAUGGAAAGGAAAAUAAACCUUUUACCUUUUCAACAUU